AUGGUACAUAAUCACAUAAAAAUUGGAAAGAAAACCAUUCCAAACUUAAAUUUGAAACAAGACUUUGAAUCGUGCACUGAGAUUUACACAACUCUUCAAUGUGAUAUUAAUCCUCAGCAAAUAAUUAAUUCCAAUAUAUCGACCAAUUAUUACAAGGGCCUUGAUCAAUUGAUCAAAAAUUUGCAAUUAAAUACAACUCAGCAUCAAUACAUAGAAUGGAUACCUUACGAUCGUCUAACCGAUAUUCAAUUUUUGGGUCAAGGAGGAUUUAGUACUGUUUAUUCUGCACUAUGGAAAGAUGGCGAAAUCCUGAAAAAGGAUACCGAUAAUGAUCUCGAGCAACCGCUUAGAAAUGGUCCAAGGAAAGUUGCUCUCAAGCAACUUCAUAAUUCUCAAAACAUGCGCCCUCAAUUUUUAAGUGAGUUAGAAUCAUCAUUUUAUUGUAAUAGUGAUAGAAUAGUUCACAUCUAUGGAAUAACACAGGAUCCGAAAACCAAAGAUUAUAUGAUCGUAAUGCAUCUUUUUGAACAGGGCAAUUUGCGAUCCUAUAUUCGUGAAAAUUCCAACAAACUUACUUGGAUAAAAAAAAUCGAAAUCUUGCUUGAUAUUGCCCGAGGAAUUCACUCUAUUCAUCAAACUGGUUUAUGUCACAAAAAUAUUCAUACCGGCAACUUGUUAUAUGAUAAUGAUGUUGUGUUAAUAAGUGAUUUGGGUGUUUCUGGACCUGCUGAUAAAUUAUGUGACUAUAACGAAGCUGUUGGUGUCAUUCAAUACAUGGCACCUGAAAUAUUACGCGGAAAACCAUAUACUAAAUCCGCUGAUAUUUAUGCUUUUGCUAUUGUUAUGUCUGAACUUGCUUCUGAACGUCCACCGUUUGUUGACAGUCCACAUGACAAACUUAUGGACUUGGUAUAUGAUUUAUGUGAUGGCUAUAGACCAUGUAUCAAGAGUGAAUUACCAAAUUGCUUUAAAACUUUGAUGUUUCAAUGUUGGGAUGAUGACGAAUUUAAUCGUCCUCAUGCACGACAGUUGGUUGAUAAAUUGUUAGAAUGGUAUAAUGAAAUUCGUAAUAAUACCUAUUCGGAAAUUUGUUUGCAAUUUAAGACUGCCGAUGAACAUAGACAAUUACGAUUAAAACUUCCUCUAUACAAAUAUGACAUCUAUAAGAGUCGGCGAGUAAAAACAACUGAUCUCGGUGAUGAUAUAAAUUUUUCUGGAGAUGGCUACUACGGUUAUGGGAAUGAUUUUCCCUCGUUACUUGUGCAUGAAUCUGGAGAUAGUAAGUUAUUUAUUUAUUAUCGUUUUUUUGUUACAACUUUGUGA